AAAAAAAAAGAAAGCAAAAAGGUCUCGUAUCAAUUUAGGACCAAAACCAAUUGCGAAGGAUGAGUCUUCCAGCAAACACUGUAACCCCAACCCAGCUCUCUCAACCUCCCAAACCACCGCCUCUCUCUCUGCCAUCCCCGACUCAACCCUUCUUCCCCAACCAACACUAUCCUUCCCACAAACUCACCUACAAACCCAUCGAACCCGUCGUUAAAUGGACCUCCUCCAUAGCUCGCCACUGCAAAAAUGGCCGAUUUUCAGAAGCCGCCGCCGAGUUUUCCCGAAUGCGACUAUCCGGGGUCGAACCCAAUCACGUCACUUUCGUUACGCUUCUUUCGGGAUGUGCAGAUUCGAAUAUCUCUUUUGGAGCUUCCAUUCAUGGCUAUGCUCGUAAGCUGUGCUUCGACACGAGUAAUGUCAUGGUGGGAACGGCGCUUGUUGCUAUGUACGCUAAGCGCGGUCUCGUGGAUGUUGCUAGAUUGGUUUUUGAUGACAUUAAGGAGAAGAAUUCGGUUUCUUGGAAUACGAUGAUUGAUGGGUACAUGAGAAAUGGGAAGGUGCGGGAUGCGGUCGAGGUGUUUGAUGAAAUGCCUGAGAGAGAUGCUGUUUCGUGGACUGCUUUGAUCGGUGGGUUCGUGAAAAGACGUCGGUUUGAGGAAGCGUUGGAGUGGUUUCGGGAGAUGCAAGUCUCCAGUGUGGAGCCGGAUUAUGUUACGGUCAUUGCUGUUCUAGCUGCCUGCGCUGAUCUUGGAACAGUUGGUUUAGGCUUGUGGAUGAAUCGGUUUAUUAUGAAUAGGAAAUUUAAGGAUAAUGUUAAGAUUAGCAAUUCGUUGAUUGAUAUGUAUUCUCGAUGUGGGUGUAUCGAGUUUGCUCGGCAAGUUUUUGAGAGAAUGCCUAAUCGAACUUUGGUAUCGUGGAACUCAAUUAUUGUUGGAUUCGCUGUUAAUGGCCAUGCCGAGGAAGCUCUUAAGUUUUUCAAUUUGAUGCAGCGGGAAGGAUUCAAGCCCGACGGAGUUAGCUUCACCGGGGCUCUAACUGCUUGCAGCCAUGCAGGGUUGGUUGAAGAGGGGCUAUUGUUGUUUGAAAACAUGAAAAGAGUACACGGAAUUAGGCACAGAAUUGAGCAUUAUGGGUGCAUCGUAGAUUUGUAUAGUCGGGCUGGGAGGUUAGAAGACGCGCUAAAUGUGAUAGAAUAUAUGCCAAUGAAACCGAAUGAAGUUGUUUUGGGGUCAUUGUUGGCUGCCUGUAGGACUCACGGGGAUAUCACCUUGGCCGAAAGAUUAAUGAAAUACCUUUCAGAUUUGGAUCCCGGAGGUGACUCCAACUAUGUGCUCCUUGCAAACAUGUACGCCGCAGUUGGGAAGUGGGAUGGUGCGGGCAAAGUUAGGAAGACAAUGAAGGCCCUUGGUAUACAAAAGACGCCGGGAUUUAGUUCGAUUGAGAUUGAUUGUAACAUUCAUGAAUUUGUAGCUGGUGACAAGUCCCAUGUUGACAAAAAUUGUAUAUACUCGAUGCUCGAGCUCCUGUCGUCUGAGCUAAAAGCAUCUGGGUAUGUUCCUGGGAACACUUUAUAUGAGAAUGAUUGAAACAAUAAGGGCCCGUUUAGUUCGUUAAUUCUGACUUUAUG